AUGGGUGCCUGCCUCUGCAAAGGUCACAAAGAGCUCCACCUUCCCAUGACAGCACUACAGGACCAGGCUGAGGAGGGUCAGACAUCCACUGUCAAGGAUGGCCAGAAUCCCUCCAACGGCAAUGUGCCAGAUAAACCCAGCCGUUAUGACAUUGGCGAGCUAGCCACCUCUUCUUUGAUGGGUCUGGUGGCCACGAUAAAGGAGCAUAUCACCAAGCCGACGGCAAUGGCCCAGGGACGAGUUGCUCACCUGAUUGAGUGGAAGGGAUGGGGUGGAAGCGGCGAGGCAGGGGGACGUGGGAGCGGUUGGAGCGGGGCCUGCAGUACAGGAGGAGGAGGCUGGGGGGGGGUGGGGGCUGAGCUGCAGGAGGAUGAACAAUUCUACUCCCAAAUGACGGACGAGAUCAAGGAAGCUCGCUUCGCUGCAGGAGUGGCGGAGCAGUUUGCCCUGGCUGAGGCGGCCUUGAAUGUGUGGGCAAUGAAUGACAACUUAGAUAAGCCAUCCACCAGUUUACAAGCGGCACAGAGCCACUUCUUGUCUCAGUUCCUGCUGGACGGUGGUAGUGUCGGCAUUCCCCAGCAUCUUUACAGCAUCCACGCCCAGACUUAUGGCAACAACAGUGCGGCCAACCUGGUCCCUCUGCCACCGGUCGACUCUGUUUCCCCAAUGUCAACCACUCAGCAGGACAGAGAUCAUCCUUUUGAGGACAGACGCACUGUGACUGCAGAGGCUUCUGUCCGACAAGUAGACAGCAGCUCGCUAUCCGAGGAUGAUGUUUUUUAUAACUAGGCUUAACAGGAAAACAAGCCAGAAAUCUUGAUAGCAAUCUAAAAUGAUCCUCACUGAGAGGAUGUGAGUCUCAGCCACCAGCAGUGACUGAUACAAAGUAACCGCAGACAUCUGUGACACAUCUCAAGAGAAAAAUUCUCA